UUCCGUUUACCGCGUGCGUGUAUCGGCGCCGGCGGGUUGCUGUGUUGUCGCGUUUGUUCAUUCUGCUGCAGGAUGGGUUCUCACACGGGGAGGACUUCGGCACUGGUUCUGCGCGUGGUGGCUGAGUGUCCCGUGAGCAAAGCGCGAGCCUGCGAGCUGUCGUUGCCCCACGGUCCUGUGCACACACCUGUGUUCAUGCCCGUCGGUACGCAGGGCACGCUGAAGGGGAUUACGGUGGACCAGUUAGAAGCGCUGGGCUGUGAGAUUUGCUUGGGCAACACCUACCAUCUGGGCAUGAGACCGGGCCCAGAACUCAUUAAGAAAGCCAACGGACUGCAUGGAUUUAUGAACUGGAAGCGCAAUCUCCUCACAGACAGCGGUGGAUUUCAGAUGGUGUCGCUGAUUGAGUUGUCUGAGGUCACUGAGGAGGGUGUGAAGUUCCGUUCGCCGUAUGAUGGCAAAGAAAUCCUGCUUACCCCUGAAGAGUCCAUCAACAUCCAAAAUGCUCUUGGUUCAGAUAUUAUGAUGCAGUUGGAUGAUGUGGUGAGCAGCACGAUUAGUGGGCCGCGCGUAGAGGAGGCGAUGCACAGAUCUAUUCGAUGGUUGGAUCGAUGCAUCAAAGCCAAUAAAAACCCAGAAAGGCAAAAUCUCUUUGCUAUUAUUCAAGGAGGAUUAAAUCCAGAACUCCGGAAAAAAUGUUUAGAAGAGAUGACAAAGCGAGAUGUCCCAGGCUUUGCCAUUGGUGGACUCAGUGGUGGAGAGGAAAAAGACCACUUCUGGAAAAUGGUCACACUCAGUACAGAUGACCUGCCAAGGGACAAACCACGAUAUCUUAUGGGUGUGGGAUACGCCACAGAUUUGGUGGUGUGUGUAGCCCUGGGCUGUGACAUGUUUGACUGUGUGUUUCCAACAAGGACGGCCAGGUUUGGCACGGCCUUGGUGCCUUGGGGAUCCUUACAGCUCCGGCACAAGCAAUUUGCAAAGGACUUCCAACCUAUAGACCCCGAUUGUGAGUGCGCAACUUGUAAGAGGUACAGUCGGGCCUUCAUACACGCCAUCUUCAAGACCAACACGGCAGCCAUGCACCACAUUACCAUCCAUAACAUAGCCUAUCAGCUCACUCUGAUGCGUUCGGUGCGGCAGAGCAUUGUGGAAAAGCGAUUCCCCGACUUCGUGCGCAGCUUUAUGAGCAGGAUGUACAGCGGCAAAGGCGGCUACCCAGAAUGGGCAGUGGAGGCCCUGGCGUCGGUCAACAUUGCCCUCGAGUGACGCUCUUCAUCUGGGGCGGCCAUCACGGUUGAAGACUUCUUAUCAAACACAAGCAGGCAGGUUGGACCUGAAAGUGGGAGCAGCAGACGCGAGUUUAAAGUCCGGGGUGUGAUUUUAACUUGCAGGCCACUCUGGGUGUGCCAUUUUAAUGACACUCUUUUUAUAAUCGAGUUAUAUAAUUGGACCUUUUUAAAGUCUCGGGCCGCAAAGCCACUUAUUCAAGUUAUCAUUUAAUUCCGAGUUCUUGCUUUUAAAUUAUUUUUUCCUUUUGACUAAAAUGUUCAUCCGUUUAAUUUUUAAUUGGCUAAUUUUCGUUGUCCCCUUCACCCCAAUUAAACGAUGUACUUUUUUUUUUUUUAGUUUAUUAGUUUUCCAAAUUACACUUCAAAUUAUGUGAUUAUAGUUUUUCAUUAUUUUAUGAAAUUUAAUUAAGAAUUCAUGUAGCGAGUGAUUUUUUUUAAUUGCUGCUGCUCACUCAGUUGAAAGUGAAACGGACGGCUUUUACAAAAACUAAACCGGUAAAGUGAGGGAAGUUGCUGCACGGUUGCUUUUUAUAUUUUUAUUGUUUGGUUACUGGCACAUUUUGUUUUGAAAUAAAACUUUUUUUUUUUUUU